AGAUGAGCGAGGGAAAGUCUACAGUGCCAAAAUGCCGUUCAAUUUCAAGCUAAAACGUACGAAACGUUAUGAAGUAUCGUCGAAGUACGAGUUUGUUGUUGGGGUACACAUGCUAGACAACUCCUACUUGGAAUGUUCGCUGAAAGCCGACAGUACCGGACACGAUUGCCUCGGAACUAUUGCCCAUAUGUUAAAACUGGAGGAGUUCGAAUACUUUGGAUUUCGUUACGUGACCAAAAAACUCCAAUUCCACUGGAUUAACCUGGACAAAGCACUAAAGAAGCAGCUGGACAAACAUGCUCACAUUCCACGUCUCUACUUUGGUGUGAUGUUUUACAUAUCGACUGCCCACCGGAUCGACGAUAACCGAGCUCGCUACAACUAUUUCCUACAACUGAAAUCCGACGUGUUAGACAGUCGAAUCUCGUGUUCCAGCGAACAGGCCAUCAGGCUGGCAGCCUACUACCUCCAGGCCGAACUGGGACACCACGAUUCGGAACAGCACACAGUCGAGAUGUUUCGAGACGUGCAAAUUCUUCCCAAACACAUGACAAAGGACGAUAGCGUUACGACCGAUCUGCUGCAAGAUGUACUCUUUCUCCACAACAGUUUGAUCGGGUUACAUCCUAUGGUCGCUGUCAUACAUUAUAUCAAACUGGCUCAAACCCUCGACGGAUACGGUAUGGAAUACUACACUGCUAAGGAUGAUUCUGGUAAGGAAUUAUAUUUGGGAACUUCCAACAACGGUAUUUUCGCUCGUUAUCUUAACGGUCAGCAAGCUUUAUCUUUUCGUUGGUCUGUUGUUGCUCAUAUUGGCCAAAACAAAAAAUGUGUUAUUAUCGAUACCCAAAAGACUUCAAUACAAUAUUAUUUAGAAGACACAGAAAUGGCUAAAUAUUUUCAACAAAUUGCAUGUCUUUUACAGAAAUUUUAUAAAUCAUUCAAACCAAAUAGCUGCAGUUUAACAGAUUUAAGUGACAUGGGUUCUAUAAGUUCUGCUCAAGAUUUCCAAGUGGCCCCCACUAACCUCCCGUUAGAUUCGGUCGAUGCUGCUGACCCAAACACUGCUUUAUAUUCUCACAGUCCGAACUAUGCGAUGGAUAUGCAGUCCGGUGUGACGAAAGAGAAUUUCUUUAAUACGCAACCGGGUGUUGACAACUUCGCCCCUGAUGUUGUCGCACAGCACUACGUGAACCAAACGACAGAUCCAUCCCAAGUAGCUAACAAUGUGUCAUAUCCUACACAAAUCUCCGCUCCGGCGCAUGUAUCUCAACAACAGGACCUCACCUACCGCCAAGCCAUGCUUCCGGCUUAUCGCCCCAGUCCCGACUACAAUCAACUAAUGCGUCAACGCAUUGACAAUUCGCUACAGAUCAACACCUCCUCCUCCUCUCAACAGUCUCAGCCAGUUUACACAACAGCUAUAACAACUCCAGUGGUUCUACCACAGCAAGUGGUGACUACUUUAACCAGUUACACAGACAACAUCCCUCACUAUGCCAACAUCAUACAACAGGACUCAAGAUACGUAGAUUAUCAAUCAAAUUCUUGGUAUAACAAUUUCAUAGUGAAGCCGACACACAGUUCACCCGAGCUGAACACAGUUGCCACACAAGGAAUACCAGGUCGGGAUUACAUAGCAGAAGACUUCAUACACGAUAAAGUGUACUACAAACCGCCACCUCCUCCUCCAUCUCCACCACCACCAUAUCCUCGCGUGAGCAGCAGCACACCAGACCUAGCGGCGCAGAUUGGUCAAAUGAACAUCAAUUACAGCCCGGACUUAGUCUCACGAAAGAACCUCGGUCCCAUCUCUUUUGCCGUCCAAUCGAAACUCGACAAAAGUUUGGAGAAUCUUGCAGCGGCGGUCAACGAAGUGAGUGUCUCUGAUGCUGAUAGUUUGUGUAGUUGUAAUUCGAACCAGACCGGCUGCAGCACCAAAGACACAGACAAAGACUUUGAUGACCAGCAGAUACCAAGUGAAAUUGAAAAAAACAACAUCCACGUUCGUUACAUCGCUCCAGAAGAGGCUCCCCCUCCUUCGAAGUCUAAAGAAGUUGCCACGCUUCGAGAAAGUUUCAGGAGAAUGAUGAUUGCACGUUCUAGUCCAGCUUGUCUUGGCCGCUUCAAAGAAAAAGCAAAAAAAAGUAGGCAAGACCAAAUACGUGAAGAUGAUGACGAUGAUGUCAUUGAUGAUGAUGACGAUGAUGAUAUUAUUACCCAUGUCAAAAGUGAUGAGAGAUGUGAAAGUGCUUCGAGUAAUUCGUCUUCAUUGCCGCAACAGAACAAGGACUCCGAUGGGGAAGCUGCAGUAGGUGUACCUGCUGGACAGGCUGUUGCAGAGAGUGUUCAAACUGACAAAACUGAACCAACACCCGAUCGAAAGACGGAGCUUCAAAACAACGAAAACCACGAUGAUGACGAUGCGAUGAAACAUCAGAACAUUGGCCCUUUAAAAAUGGCUGCUAUGAAUGGAUUAACCCUCUCUCGUCCCAUAAUUUUAUCAGCGAGUGAAGAUGAGAUUCGAGCUCCAAAAGAUGAGAGGCGUAAGAUGCUGGAGAGUAAAGUUUCGGAAGGAUGUGUUCUUGCAGAGUUUGAACAAAUUGCCAAGAAGGCACCGAACAUGGAAUGUAGCAUUGGUCGGAAGCCAGAAAAUGAAUCUAAAAAUCGGUUUCCAGAUGUCCUACCUUAUGAUGAGACACGUGUGGAAUUAUCAGUCACUAAAAAUAAUGCUCUUGGCUAUAUAAAUGCUUCUCACAUGAAGGUGAAUCUUGGAGUAUUGGAAUGGUCAUUCAUUGCAACUCAGGCCCCACUUGAGAACACAGCUCAAGAUUUUUGGCAAAUGAUUUGGGAACAAGAGAUAGAUGUAAUAGCCAUGUUAACUGGCAUCAAAGAACAAGGAAAACAAAAAUGUUACCCAUUGCCCCAGGAAUCAGGCUCCGAUCACAAACUUCGGUUUGGUCGAUAUGAAGUUGAAUUACAAUUCAGUAACAAUUCCUGGUGUUACUUAACAAACCGGAUUUCCAUUAAAGAGAGGUCUGCUGGAACAGAACGACUAGUGUGGCACUUGCAGUACACUGACUGGCCGGAUCACGGCUGCCCGGAGGAUACUUACGGAUUCCUCGGCUUCUUGGAUGAAGUUGAAUCAGUGCAACGUCUAGCUGAAAGUGAAGAAGGUAGUGGGAAAAAAUCCCCUAUCGUUGUGCACUGCAGUGCUGGUGUUGGACGGACUGGUGUGGUUUUACUAUCAAUUAUAAUGAAAUCCUGUUUGGAACACAACCUUAAUGUUGAUAUUCCUCUUGUACUGGCCAGACUACGCCAACAACGGAUGUACACUGUCCAGACGCUCGGACAAUACAGCUUCGUCUACAAAACCUUGAUUCGUUACUUGAAAAAUACUCGGCUUAUUUAGCUGCUGGUCAGAUCAAUGUUAAGGUAUUUGGUGCAGUGAAUAAUUAGAUUAUUUUUUUGCUGUUUCUCAUCUGCAUUAAGUAUUUUAACACUUACUUAACUCUUGUUUUUGUUUCACGUGAAUGGUAUCCUUUGAGUACAUAUAACUAACCUCAGUGAUUUAUAGAGAUACUCUCUGAUAAUACCUGGACAUUUUACUCUUAUGCCUUAAAAUUUUCAAGUAUUACACAAUAACAAAAACAAAAA